AUGGAGACCGAGCUUGCAGAAACGGAGUUGCAACGAGCGGUCCUGGACGGUGACGCUAAGCAGGCCGCCGGUCUCCUCUCCAAGCACCAGGAGGCCGUGCAGGAAUUGAAUAAACUUCUGACCACAGUAAGCACAAGCUCUCCAGUUUCUGCUCACUUUUCCUUGUUUGCCCUCACUGGCACGCGUUUUCUUCGUAUUCGCAACCAUCUCUCAUCUUCCCUGGGUUAGUAAUUCGAUUACUUUUCGGCACACGUGGGUCACCUGCCCGAUGUGUAGACAUGGGAAACUGCAGCCCAACUGACGGAUCAGGUGACAGUUAGCUGGCGCGGAACACUAAGGGGCCGUAAUUAAACUAAGACUCCCCGAACAGUAGUUGCACUCCUGUAUUUUUCAGUGCAAGUUUUAGAGCGUUCCACUGGCAUUAUAUUUUCAGUCUUUAACCACCACCCACACGGUCCCGUGAGCAAAUAAUUCGACUAACUUUUGGCAGGCAUAGUUUACCCCCAGAAACUUUUAGGCUGUCUCAUUCCUGCUACAACCGGCUCUGUGCCAAUCGAUGGUUUGUCAAAACCGGUUUUUGCAUGACGUGCAGCCCUGCAAAAGGCGGUUUAUGUGAACCAGAAAUGUGAGUACCUUUGAGUUGCCGGAAAUUUCGACGACCAAAAUUUCUGCUGACAACUUCAAGAGACACUAAUUUUCCAUUUGAGAUCUCCAGUCCAAAAGACGCAUCUACUUCUGAAAAUAAGCAAUAAAAAUGACUAGGCACCCGUUGGUGAACGGGUUGUAAUGAUUCGGAAUGUUCCAUUUCAAAAUGAUGAGCUUUCCUCUCAGUGCUUACUUCGAACAGGAAGGACUUCACCAGUCACAAGUAGGUUACAGAUAACGAUCACUUUUAGCCCUCUUCCGUUUUGAACAACGAUUUCACGUACUGCACCAUUAAAAACGGGGACCGAAAUACGUUAGGUAGUGGGAAUUAACUGUACUGUGAUAAAUUAAUGGCAAGCUUUUGUUUUUCCUAAUGAUACAUUUAACAGCUUCCAAAAUGGGAUAUCGUAAGGCAUCUGAAUGUGUAGAUGACAGUUACUUGAGAUGGCUGCCGCGGUGAUAGCUAUUAUGUUGGGAAAAUUAUUGCCUUUAAAGUCCUGCUUUCAUUUACCAUAUUCGACGCGCAAUAUGUCAUUUACAACCGAUAGGUACUGUGUCGUCCUCCAUUUUCGCUUCCAAACUGAAUUCACCAAUUAGUUUCUAAUGACGGUUGCAAGUAUUUAUGGACAGCAACCAGCAAGAUAUACAGACGUAUAAGUGAAUAAGUCAGUCAAUCAGUACACUUCAGAACUAGGAAUGAAUUUACGGAAAGUUUUCCAAUCAAAUUUGGGACGAAAGUAACUAACUGCAGUGAUAUCAACAAAAGACAUGGAAAAUCAUCAGACUUACAUGGUCCGAAAGAGCGUCGGAAAAACCGACUUAUAAAUGAUCGAUUGUCACUUCGACAAGGCACCCAUUUUUGUAUUUUGCAAUGAAAAAGAAAGCAAAACGACUGAUACAAAACUAACACUUCUACCUGCGGACGACGAUUAUUACCGUAAGGGAAUUCGACUGCAUGUAAAAACACAAGAGGUUAAUGAUUUUGCACGUAAAGUCCUGACUAUUUUGAAUACAUCAUUGAUGUAAUAAGAGGAUACCUUUUAUUUUAAAGUGGGAGAACAUCUUCUCGCCAACUCUGAGACCUCAAAAUUAUUUUUUAGCCCCCAGUCAAGGGACCUCGGUAACAAAAAAUAACACACAAAUUACGCUGUUUUAAAUGAGCCCAGCCAUCCAUCAUUGCCAGAUAUUGACAAGCAGACACGCACGAAAGCACGGAGAAAGUGAAAACUUCGGGGGUGAAUCGCUUCUCAAAGUGAUAUUGAUAUGUGAUGGUUAAUCAAUCCAGGCGUUAGUCAUGAUAAAAUCGACAAAAUUUCGAAAUUUCAGGGAACAGUGUCAGAUUUGUGUCAUUCGAAAACUGCUAGCGGAAAGAACUUUCUAAUGUACUGAUGGAAUUUCACCUACGAAGCAACUUUAGAUGCCCGUUAAGUGUAUUUUGGUAUCGACACCAUUCAUAAAUCAGACAGUUGACCCGUAAUAAUGCCGCGUAUAGAAGUAAUUUUUGUUGGAUAUUUAACCAGAGAAACUGUGGUGAAUAGGCAGUGAAAAUGUGGACCCUGUCUGUAUGCUACCAUCGUCUGGUCAGAUCCCAAGUUGGAAUUAGAAGACGGAAGGCACCAGAAUUAGGGUUUUAAUGUAUACAGAACCCGGAGUUGUCCUCUCAGGCGGCAGUGGCCACUGGCAAAUCCAGGGCUGGUGUUGAUUGCGGCCAGUCAUACCCGAAAGUCUCUGAGACCAGUGGUGGCAGCCACUUUUGUAGGCUCGUGUGCCAAGCUCAAAUGGUGUCCAGUCAGUGUGUGUUGCAUUUGCCGAAGGGUGGUGUUCCAUUGGCUUGCUUUGCUGGUUACAGGGAUGGUGCGUUCAAGCGGCCUCGUGAGCAGCUGCGGCUGUGUAGACGCAGGUAUGCCCGAGCUAUCGGUCGUGUGACUUCAGGUUAGCUCGUCUGGGACGGCUCGCUGCAAGGGUUCAAUGUCCUUGAGGCAGCGAGGCCGUGAAAAAUGACGCCAGACCGGUCAUGAUAUCUGACCGCUACAAAACAUUUGAGGGGACGUCUCUAGACGUUAUUGUGUUUGUAUGGAUAUGCACUACGGUCGUCUGUUCAUUCAGCCCUCUGCACACUUUUUCAGCAUCAGCGCCCUUUGGAAAAAUCUUUGUUUCUAAUAAACUUAAUAUUACUUUCCACUGUCCUUUCAUAUUCUAAUUUAACGGAGUGUCAUCCGUUCUUAAUUGGGUAUUAUAGUCCGUACUCUCGGAUCGGUUUCGAAUCAUAAGGAAUUAUAAGUGGAUUUACGCAUAUUUCGUGUUUAAGGUCGUCUACAAUAAUAACGCCGGCGCUCGAUCUGCUCAGCAACUUUUUGUGAGACACUUCUUACAAUUUUAGAGCCAAAAGGAAAAGCAAGCCAUGGUCGAGCAGAUGACAGCCCUUCAGAAGGCCCUGACGAAGGCUGACCUGGAGAAGCAGGGUCUCAUCAGACAGAGCAGUAAACUCGAAAAGGAUCAUCAACAGCUGAAACGGUAUUUGGAGAAGACAGAGAAGGAAAAGCAGAAGGUUGAUGCCUUUCUCAACAGAUCAACAAAAGAUCGCAAUAGUACAAAAGCAGCAAUUCGUGAGAUUGAGAACGAAAAUGUGGAGUUGAGGGAGCAGUUGCAAUGUGCACAGGUUUAGUUUUUGAUCGGUCCUUUUGCGUAGUUACAUUUAUUCAGUUGAUGUUUGAGACAGAAAUAUAACCUAGUUUGUAGUAACGAGUCAUGCACUCUCGGAAGUAAAGCCAUGCACAUAGUGUAAGUUGUACCGCCUCCAUUUUAAUUUAUAGACUUUCAGUAACUCGUCCUCAGACGUAUAAGCCAACAUCAUCAUUUUUACGUCGCAUGUGCCGAAUUUAGGAGUGGGUGCGUAGCAACCCAAUUGGAAGGCGACAGUGAUGAACAAACGCUCAUUGUUUCCAACGGAGAAAUGGAAGAUUGAACAAAAAACUUGAAGAUAACAACGCCACGGGGAUUGAGCUCCCAUGCAGUACUUCCCCUCUCUGAGACCGAUCUCUUGGAAAUUGUCUGUGAGCUCAUCCUAGUUCCGAGGACCCCCUGCAUCGAGCACUUUUCGUUCAGGCCUACCUACGACAAAAUCUUGAAUUAAAGGACCCCAUAUUUCAGUUGGAUUAGUUGUGGACCAUCUUCAGAUGCCCAUAUACCAGCCCCGAGCCUGUAAGACCUGCUCUUUUUAGUCAGUAGGCGCAGCACACAGCCACAUUAAUGUUCAUGCUUGUUCUCUGUUGGCUCCAAGGAACAGUGGAGCGACUGUGGUCGAUUCUGCAAUCGGGUCAGUCAGUAGGUGCUACUCCUGACUGACCUUGAAAACCUUCGAUAACAUUGCCGUAAAAGGCGAGGGAGAUUGGGAUGGCCAGUUCUGGCUUAUUAGCUGUCGUCAGCCGGCCACAUCCAACCUGUGGGCCUCGGUCCCGCGACCCGUGUGUUAGAAGUAUAACGCCCAAACCACUGAGCCAGAGGCUCGUCCUGUCGGUUGCGAUCGAGGAUAUACAGUGGUAGAGGAGCGCUCACGCACCGCGCUACGGGACUCACUUGUCCCUCUAUGUCUUGGGGCUCCCGAUCGCAACCGACAGAAAAAGUUCUUGACUCGAAGGACGCUGAGUUAGUUUCAAGGGGCAACUCGACCCGUGUUCAAAUCUCAGGCCUCCCUGGUCCAGGACUGUGGAAUAGUCGACUUACAAAAAAACAAUUAUUCAAAAUACAGCUAUUCCAUCCUUCCUUGCCUUCAACAAUAAUACUUAUGAGCGACCUCUGCCUUUUGCUCCUAUGUCCUGACAAACAUAGGAGUGAAUUGAUACUAAUUAGACGUGGGCAUUUGCAAAACUCUGUCAGCGUUUCGACCGGAUUAACCAUUAGUAUCAUCAUUUAAAAAUGCAGCGUUAGUAGUAAUUUAUUUAACUGAGCGUAAGCACUGGUAGAUCUCCCCACAACCCUGGCAGAUCUAGACUAUAAUACCUGUUGUUUCAUACAUGUCUGACUGCCCGCAACCCGUUCCCACACGACUACUGUGCAUUGGCUGUUUAAACUAUCGUUGCUUUACUGCAAAUUACUUAUAUAAUCGUACGGGCGAGAUGAUGAAUAAUAAAGAAGGUACAUUAGCCGCAUUGGGGUUCCAAAUCUACUAAUUUUACGCCUCUGUUUUACCAGUUAUGGCGAUUCUACAGGUGGCUGUUAAGAGAACUGAUGAAUAGCCUAAUUAGAUGUAAAAGCCUUAUUGGUUGUGUGCUGCCUCCCGGCUGACUUUGCCCGCACUUACGAAAAAUCAGAGACCCGAGCCAGAGAACGAACUGGCUGCCGCCGCGGCCACUGAGUCUACUAAAAUUUGACGAGUGUGGUGAACACCUUUCAGUUCGCUGGAAAAAGUCGUGCUCCCCUACAAGCCUCACCGCUGCGAAUGUGGCUUCAGAUAAGAGCAUUUUUCGGUUUUUCUGCGUGUCGUCGUCCUCUUAACGGUUUUGGAUCUGAAAAUGGCCCUAGCACAAACACCCUGUAAUUCAUGGGACACAACUUGACACAAUUUCUCCCGAGGGCGUCAGUGUUCUCAUCGAUAGCUGCAUUUCAAAUAACACAUAUAUCAUAACGUUUGUGAACCCUCUGUCUCUAAUAGCUGUUUAAGUUGUACAAAAUGCUUGUGGCAUAAAACAAAAUUAUAUGGCAGGUCUUUUAAUGAGAGGGCACAACUGGACUAAGGGAGACAGAAGGCGCGAUUCAACUAUUGCAUCCCCACAUGAGACCGGCAACAGCACCAACUUCCCUACAAUUAGAUUAUAGUCCUCUCAUGUAGGUCUAACAUUAGUUGCUUUCAGCUCUCUAGUCACAUCUCUCUCACCUUUUAUUCACAUCAAGGCGAAGCUCAGUGAACUGGAGAAGACAUACACGCAGAGGAUGAACCAGCUGACAAUGCAGCAGCGAACUGACUCAGGAAACGAGGUCGACCGCUUGCGCCAGAGCCUUAAGCAGGCCGAGCGCGCACUCGAAGCCCGCGAGCGUGCGCACCGCCAACGCGUGAGGGGAUUGGAGGACCAGGUAAUAAGUGUUUAAUCAUGUGUGCACCGUGUAAGUUUAUCCUGUCAGCUACACUGCUUCGUAAACUUUGAUAAUCCGGUUAGACCUUGUAUCGGUCCAUCUGAGGAAACAAACGCAUAUACAGUAAGUCAGUUCAGGCAAACACACAUUGAACUAUUAAUGAUCAGACGAACAGGUAUUCUAGAACAGCAACCCGAAAUUUCAAAUGUCCUCUCCUACAUUGAGAAGAUCCCUGAGGCAGUCUCUCGACUGUCAAAACCCAUCAGAGUAGAUUUGGUUCAUAGACCCCAGGUUGCAAUACUCCGCCGAGCCACACAACCAAAAGAUCCAUAGUCACUGGCUAAAAUGUCAGCAGUUGUUUAAAAAACUGCUGGGAUGAGGCAACUGCAACUACUCUAAGGAAGCCGGACGCAACUGUGAACUCACCUCUGCAGUGAUCAGCUCUUGACUGGCAGAUUGGGUCCUAACUCCCAGUUUGCCCGAAUGUAGAAGACACUGGCGAUAUUUCCGACUUCAGAGGAACGGUUAUUUUGGGUCUGGGAAGCCAGAAGUCCGAAAGACAGAUUUUCGAAUACCAGUUCGAUCAACAGGCACACUGACUUAGCUCGGUUUGCUGGGUUUCACGAUACAGUUUUCACGGAGACGGCUCAAAAAUCUGCAGUAGACUCAAUUAGAACAAAAUCGAUGUCGAUUAAAGAUGAGCCGAUGGUUUGCCCGAGAGGUAAAUCGCCACGCAGACUCAUUACUGGUCCUUACUCAUGAACUGGUUCCCCGCGCAAGCGACGCACUGCCACCGAUAUGCCAUUAACGGGACAGUGAAAAGCCCUCAAGGCAGAAAGGGGAGCUGAAAAAUAUCUGCAGUCACGGCGCACCAGCCCAGAGAGUCCUGUGGAGUUCAUUUAGAUUUUUGUUUUUUACAGACGUACUUUAUACCAAACACACUUUCGCAGUCAUUAUGGUCAUGCGAUUUCUUAGGUGUGCGUUAAAUUUUCGCUAACGAAAUUUCUUUAAUUUUCAUAGUGAUAAAGAAACACUCGUAACUGCGCACUUCCAAACAUGCGGCCCGAAAAGCCCAAAUUAAGUUCUCGCAGUGUAAACUGUCGCUGUGUUCUGGGAGGACAAAAUAUUACUUUGACCGCAUGGGGCUCUCAUUCUGACUAGUUGUGCGUCUCGUUACAAUAUUCACCUAACCGGAGUCUUUCACAGUCACCAGGACUUCUCUGACUUUUUGGGGGUUUGGACGUCCGGAGCAUCCUUUGUAAAUUGAUAACAUUACUUUUUCUACCACUUGUAUCUGUUAAGUGUAGACGUACUAUGACACACCGUAUUUGGAGAAGGAUACUUGGUCAAUGAAUGCUUCUGAUUAAAGUAAACUGACAACAGCCAAACUCUAAGUUCGAACUUCAAGUUGGGAAAAGAAGUAAAACUUGGGAGCCCCAAGAGUUUCUUUGGGCACCUAUAGGUAGAGUCAACGACUCCCAGAGAAUCGAAGACCGCGCAAAAGGCUCUCCUGAACAGGCUACAAAUGACAUUCCACAGUCGUGGUGUAUGCAAUUCAGCUAAGUAGCAUCCCCUGCACCUACAUUUCCACAUUUAUCGUCCCAUGAAGCCUUACAAUUCCCAUGAGUGUUGGGAACUAAGAUACUUAUGGGUUGUGUAAGAACACUACCAGGAGGAAUUGGCAAAUGUUGAAAUGCCUUAUAAUUUUGAGAGUAGAAGGGCCAGUUGUUCGGUGAUAUUUUGAUAAUUUAUUGUUUUCUGUAAACCCAGCUGGCUCUCGUUCGUAGCCAGUUCAGUGAUGAUCGAAGACAACGAGCGUGCACUUGCGCAGACAAGUCUGGGACCUGUUCCUGCACCCGCCGAAGCACAGGUGAUCUGGGCAUUGACGUUCCAGAGCGUAUGGAAUACCGCAACCCUGCCGCAGUGGGCCGCGUCGGUUGCCUAAGCAGUCAGGCUCUGGAGGAUGAUGCACAUCGUGGUGGCAUUGUCAGCCGAUAUGGCGGCUCCACGCCAACCAGUGAUCGUCCCCCCGUAAUGCGUCAUUACACCAGCUAG